AUGACAAUAUUGCACAAGUUUUUUGGCAGCUCCAAAUCCUCAUCACCGUCAUCACCAUCAUCAUCAAUCGACGAGCAAAUCCAAGCCAAGGGUUUUGAGAUCAGCACAUGUUCUGAAACUUGUGCAGAUUGUAAUGUCACAUACCCCAAGUCCCUCAAGUUUGAAGAAUCAGAACCACUAUGGGACUCAACAAAGCCCUAUGGAUUACAUCUCAAUAUCUCGACGGGGAAAACAGACUGGCCGCACGAUGCAACUGGUGAACUGGGCACUUUGGCCAACGCCGUAGCAGAAUGGGGAUCACGCCACUCUGGAAAGACCCCGUUGGGCAAUAUCAAGGUAACUUGCUCUUCCUUGGGUGGUGAUGAACUAAUCACUGAUGACGAGUACAUACAACAGAAACGCGGUGACAUUUUGAUCUUGCCUUACUUCCUUUGGGUUAAAGGCAUCGCCAUAGACGAAGUAGACAUUGUAUUCACCAAGAUUCUAAAUUUGCUUUCUGACAAAAACGGUGAACAUAGAGCCACUAUUGAAGAAAUCAAGGCUGCAAUCCCACAGGCAACCAUCACUGUUGACGAAAACCGCGCAUACGUCUUUCUUUGCUCACACCGAACAAGAGACAAAAGAUGCGGUGUAACUGCGCCAAUCAUGAAGAAAGAAUUGGACAUCAUAUUGCGCGAAAAAGAGUUAUAUCGAGACUAUGGUGACCAAACGCCAGGCGGAGUAAAGGUUGCAUUUAUAAACCAUAUUGGAGGACACAAAUUUGCCGCUAACGUCAUCAUAUACCUCAAGGAUAAUGGUAAAAAUAUAUGGCUAGGAUUGUGCAAACCAAACAAUGUGCGACCAAUCGUUGAAGAAUGUAUAUUAGCCGGUGGUAAAGUGUGGCCAGAUAAAGUGAGGCUAGUACAGAAAUUCAACCCAGUCGAGUGGUAA